CCAUCUUUCACUCCUCCCAAGUCCCGCGAUCCCCACGCACCACUAUUCGAUGGACACAGUGGCUGCCGCCGGCGCCGGCACUGGCGGCCUCCGUUUUGCAGACUCCGUCGACUCAUCCCCCCGCUCCCGUGGCGGCGAUUCCUUGGACGAGGCACCCUUUUCCUCCUCCGAUGCCACCGCCGGCGGGCGCCUCCGCCUCAUGUGCAGCUACGGCGGCCGCAUCGUCCCCCGGCCCACCGACAAGUCUCUCUGCUACCUUGGCGGCGAGACGCGCAUCGUCGUCGUCGACCGCCACUCCUCCCUCGCCGACCUGUCCACCAUGCUCUCCCGCAACCUCCAUGGCGGCCGCGCCUUCUCCCUCAAGUACCAGCUCCCCAACGAGGACCUCGACUCGCUCAUUUCCGUCGCCACCGACGAGGACCUCGACAACAUGGUCGAAGAGUACGACCGCAUCCUUGCGUCCUCCGCCUCCGGCACCGGCGGCUCCACCCGCUCCUCUCGCCUCCGCCUCUUCCUGUUCCCCUCUAAGACUGAGACGUCUCCAACGUCCUCGAUCGGGUCGCUCCUGGAUGACUCCAAGUCAGAGACUUGGUUCGUGGACGCGCUCAAUAGCGCCAUGAACGGGAUGGGGAUCAACGGCCUCGCCCACGGCCUCUCCUCCGACUCCGCCUCGGUCAACUGCCUCCUCGGCCUCGAGGAUGACGCCUCCGUCUACUCCGUAGGCGGCGGCGCCGCAAUCGCCGCCUCAGGACGCGGAGGAGACCCCUCGGAGCGGCCUGAGCAGCUCGUCCUCUCUCUCCUGGACUCGUCCGGCAAGCACGCUCGCCACGGUCAGGACGUUCAGUCCGUCCCGGACUCACCGAUGCUCGACACGGCUUCCUCCUUCGGAUCGGCCUCCUCCGCCCCUUCCCUGUCCAAUCUCCCGCCCAUCCUCGUCCGACCCGAUGACCGCCCACCCGAUCUCGGUAUCUCCGGCCUCGAGGGCCACUUCGCCCAGAUGAACCUCUCCGCCGCAGCCGCUGCUGCAGGCGGACAGAGGCUGGACAAUGAAUUCAAGGAAUCAUCGUACAGUCCCCAACUCCAACUCCAACCCCCUCCACCGAUAUCCCUUUUGGCUUCCUCAGCCUCCACCUCGACCAUCUCCCCCACCGAAAACCCCAGCAGAGCAUUCUCCUCCGAUGACGAGAAGUCCGACCAUGGCAGCAUCCAGAAGCCGCUCCCGCCGCCGCAGUCUUCGAAACCAAACAAGGUCGAAUCCCCAAUCUCCGACUCAGGAUCAAGAACAACAUACUCAAAUGCCACCCUCGAUCCAAAGCGGGAACUCGCGGCGGUCUCUUCGAUUCCGAACCACCACGUUGUGACUUCAGCCACAGAUGCUGUGGGCUACCAAUUGGCUUCAACUCAGCUGGAGCAAUUCCAACAGCAACAGUUCUAUCCCCAGCUUCAUCAUCAUCAGCAGCAGCAGCAGCAGCAUCAGUACAUUCCGGCGAAUUCCCAUUACAUCCACCACCCUGCAACCGGCGUAGUGAUCCCCGUCCCCUCUUACUUCCCUAUUGCUGCCCACACAAUUCAGCAAUCUCCGCAAGUUCACCCCUACGAUCCCCAUCUUCCCCUGUACUACUAUCCCGUUCAUCAGACUCCGCCGAUCAAUUUGGCAGAUGCCAAUUCGAUACCUUCGGGGGCAAAACCCCCCAUGCCGGUACCUCAAGUCCUCCCCAAGGCUGACCAAAUUCCCACCUAUGCCGGAAUGGGGUAUCAUGUCGUGCAGCACCACCAAAUUGCUCACUCCCCUGCAUCGAUGUCUAACUACGGCUAUCAAUUUGCUGCUGAUCAUUCCCAGCCUCAGAUGUACUACUCACAGGCUACUCCACCGCCGGCAUUGGCUCCAGCUGAUGCCAAGGCAACCAGAGCAUCAUGAUCCCGGUUGGUAAUCCCCGGCAAAGCAUCGAAGGAAGAAGGAAUAGAUUCUGCAGGAGGUGAGUGGAAUUUUAGUAAGCUUAUAUAUUCUUACUCUACUGUUAAUAUGAGCUAUCUCAUCAGUAGUAUUGUCCUGUGUUUCUACAUGUCUCUGUGUCCCUGUUCUUGUGUCAUCUUGUCACUGGACUCAGGGUUUCAUCCACGAGUCCUUGGUGCAAAUAAUCUUUGCUCUUGGAGCAGAUUACUUUCAUGUUAAUUCUGGACUUGUCAUCUAUCAAUAAAUUAUACAGUAGUUCUCUAUUAA